AGAGCCAGCAGCAGCAGGAACACAUACACACACAGCAGCCAGCAGCACUGCCUGGGAUCUGUGGGGCUGAAUCAUGGGACACACACCUCUCCCUGCCAGGUAGGAUGUACCUGGUGAUAUCGGGGUGACAGGUGCACCCCCAGCCAGCAUGGGGAGGCUGGUCAUUUGAGGGAGGCUUGGAAUAGGGAAUAGCCAUCCCAGGUCCUUCCUUCUUCCUGGCCAGUUUACACCAGGAAUAGAGCUGUGCACAGCCCAGCAGGUAGAGCAGAGCCUGCAGAUCCAGGUGAAGCCAUGGAUGAAAACAAGCCGACCAAAGAGAAGGACCACGGUUCCAAAAAGCUGUUCAGGAGCAGGUCCCUGAAGUCUGUGGGACAUUUCAUGCAGAGGAUACUGAGAACUUUGAGCAGUUUGUCCCACCUUGGGGAUGGGGAGAGGGGCAACCAGGACCUGGAGGACGAUGAUGGGGGCUUCAGGCGGAAAGCCCACCCUGGGGACGGGAUGAGGUCCACGCAGGAGGAUUAUAGGUUUGUCCAAGGGGGUGACAGCAAUAACAACCUGGGUAAGGCUCAGGUGCCGGCCAGGUGCCAGGAGAGGUCCUCCUGGAGCUCAGACGAGAAGGUUCCUGGUGUCCAGGGGCUGAAGAACCACGGGAAUACCUGCUUCAUGAAUGCUGUGGUUCAGUGCUUGAGUAACACUGACCUGCUGGCUGAGUACCUGGGGAUGGAGCAGUAUAGAGCAGAACUGAGCAGGACUAAGGAGCAUGAAGUUGUACAGAGGGAGUCAGCGGAAGAGACCUCAGCUGCUGCUGGCAGGGGGGAGGUCACUGAGAGACUGGCAUCCCUGGUCAGGGGGCUCUGGACGUUAGAGUACACCCCUCAGCUCUCUGUGGAGUUUAAGAACGUUGUCGCCAAGUAUGGCUCCCAGUUUCGGGGGAAUUCUCAACACGAUGCCUUAGAGUUUCUUCUGUGGCUGCUGGAUAGAGUCCAUGAAGACCUCAACUCCUCUUCUGCCCAGAAAUCGAAGACCUCAGCCAAGCUUUCUGUUACUGAUCACAGUAUGAUGAACUCCUCGCCUUCCUCACAGACAGACGGGGAACAUAGCUUUGUACAAGAGCACUUUCAAGCCAAGUACAGAUCUUCACUAACCUGUCCGCACUGCCACAAGCAGAGUGACACAUUUGACCCUUUCCUUUGUGUUUCCUUGCCCAUCCCACUUCGACAGACCAGGGCCCUGAAUGUCACUUUAGUUUUCCAAACCAAGAAGCAACGGUUUCUGCGCAUUGGCCUUGCUGUGCCCCUGUUUGGUACAAUUGCAUCUCUACGUCAGAUGGUGGCUGACGAGGGCAAGGUGCCUUCAGAUCAGGUGAUACUGGUGGAGUUAUAUGCCAGCGGAUUCCAAAGAUCUUUCUCAGAUGACGAAGACCUGAACACAAUUGCUGAAGGAGAUCCAGUCUAUGCCUUCCAGGUUCCCCUGCCAUUACCCAAAGUAUCUGGCACUUGUAGAACAGGGUAUCCUCACAGCCUUCCUUCUUCCCCACGCUGCCUUGAUCCAGACGCACCAAGGUUACCUGGAGGAGGUUCUGUGUCUUCAGAGUUCCUGGCUAACAGCUCUAAACUGCUGCUGCUUUUCUGCAAUGUGGACGGUGUAGGUCAGCAGGCCAUUAGGUUUGGUCCCCCAAUGGUGUUGAGGGAAGAUAGGACAAUGUCUUGGGAUCAACUGGAGCAAAGCAUCAUGGGAAAGAUUCAAUAUUUGCUGAGGAACAAUGCACAUCCUACUAGUGGAGGAGUUUUCUUCCAUAUUCGAGUUGUGGGGGCACCGGCGAGUAGCUGCUAUUUGUCAGCCAAGGAUGCACGGCCUCUCCAGCACCCAGCUGUAAGCAGGGCUCUGCAACUCUGUGGAACAGGAGGGCCACCCCAUGUAAAGCUGGCAAUAGAAUGGGACCCUAAAACAAAAGAGCGACUGUUCGGGAAUAUACAGGAAGAAGUAGUGCAGGAUGAUGAAUCUGUGAGGAAUCAGCAACUGGACCACCAGCAGCAGAGCUGUACACUGGACGAGUGCUUUCAGCUGUACACCAAGGAAGAACAGCUGGCUCCAGAUGAUGCCUGGAGGUGCCCCCACUGCAAAGUGUUGCAGCAGGGAACAGUCAAGCUAAGUCUGUGGACUCUCCCGGACAUCCUCAUCAUCCAUCUUAAAAGGUUUCGGCAAGUUGGCGGCCGCAGGAACAAACUAUCUACACUGGUCAGGUUCCCGCUGGCUGGGAUGGACAUGGCAGCCCAUGUGGUCAAGGGAGGCCCCUUAGGACAGUGGUCAUCAUGGAAGCAGCCACCUUACCAGAUGGAGAAUAGGCAGCUGGAUGCACUGUAUGAUUUAUAUGCAGUUUGCAAUCAUCAUGGCAGUUUGCAAGGAGGACACUACACAGCCUACUGCAGAAAUUCUCUGGAUGCCCGGUGGUACAGCUAUGAUGACAGCAAUGUGGAACGUGUUCUUGAGGAUGAGGUCUGUACACGAGGGGCCUAUCUCCUGUUUUACCAGAAGCGAAAUGCGAUUCCAGCCUGGUCAGCAAGCAGCUCAGUUAAAGGUUCCACAAGUUCUUCCAUGUCUGAUCAUUGGGUUCUCAGGCUGAGCGGAAGUAAGAGGGAAAGUCUGGUGUCUCGUGCAACCACCAGCUGUACCCCUCUACCACAAGCACUAGACUCCACAGUCUUCCUAGAUAAGGAGCUGAACCCACAGAAAGGUUACAAUGGUUCAAAAUCUUUUGCCCGGGGAGUAAAGGGGCGAAGUGCGAGUAUGAAAGUGUCCUCCGCUACGAAGCUGAAGCUAAGUAUAAGUAAGGCAAUGCCUCUCCGGUGGUCAUUUGGCUCAAAGGAUAGACCAAAACGUGAGACUGGUGAGCUAGUGGAAUACUUGGAAUCAGGACGUCGGCCAAAGUUCACUAGUGAGUCCAUUGUGCCGUUGAUGACUAGUGUUACCAAUUUAGAAAAGUCACCCAGUGGACCCCUGCCAAAGCUAAACCAUAUGAAUGUCCAUGGUGCCAAUGGAAAUGGUUCUACAAGUGGUCACUCAAAAUGUUUCUCCAAGACAGACACCUUACGUGGUAAGCCAAAAGAGAAGAUUAAUCUCCAGGAAAGUACUGUAUUGGCAGGAAAAGGAGAUGGGCAUUCACAAUCAAAACACAAAGGGAGGAUGUCAAGUGGAGACGGAACAACCAGAGUAAACCUAUCAGCUGCUGACAAUAUUGAAAAAGUGAAAGCGUCAUCUGGUAAAAAGGAAGACCACAACCAAAAAUACCUUACAAAAAAUGGAGAUAAUACCAAGAUGAGAUCUUCUGAAGAGGGACAACAGGAGGGAAAGUCAACAAAGUUGAAGACAAGUUUACUGAAAAAAGAACCUAGGAAACAGACUGGAUCUGAUAACUCUAGCACCACUGAGCUCCACAAUGGCAUUUCACGGACUUCUUUAUCCAACGGGGUUUUGGUUGAUGUGAGGACUAGUGGCACAAUACCACGUCGUCAAAAAGAGGACCUCAAAAGCAACAAAUCUCCGACGGAUAUCAGACGAGCUCAUAGCUCAUCAAAUGUACAGAAUAAAGCUGAGUGUACUUUGAAGAGGUCUACUUCCCUAUAUAAGAAUGGAAGUGCAUCCCACCAACCCACCAGACAGGUAGCAGCAGAAACAACAUCUUCAAGUACACUGCAAAGAACAAAAUACCAAACUUCCUCCCUAGGCAGAAAAAAAACUGUGCCGGAGUCUAGCUUCUAGGAUGGAUCUUAUCACUGAGGGCCUUGACUCUUAGAAUAGUUUUAUAAUAUGUAUAUUUUUGAAGUUAAAGACUACCACUGUUAGACUACAAACAUUAAGAUUAUGGCACCUGGGUUGUGGUAUCAGAUUUUACACAAUACGCUAUUCAUUUUUUAUCAUACAUAUACUGUAUAGUGCAUAUUGCAUUAGUUCUCAAAGUGCCAUAUAUAGAUAAAAUACCUCUUGCUGAAGAUCUCACCAUAACAAAAGUUAAUCAGGUACUGGACUUUAUGAAGAUACCAUACUUAACGUAAAAUUUAACUAUUGAUGGGUAAGUUGUGGAAAAAUAAAUAUGACCCUAUCUGAAGAUGAGGGUUGGAUACUGUUACCUAAUUUACUCUAUACUAUAUAUUUCUAGGGGUUGGGGGGGGAAAUCACCUUUUCUACAGGGUGCAAACUUACAUUAUAGACAGGACUACAUAUGGUUACUGUAACAUCGCCACCUAAUGGACUAUUUGGAAACUGUAUGGGAUUGUUGUCCAAAUAAAUCUGUGCUGGCCAAAACUGGGCGCUGAUUCAGAUAUGUAUGCAAACCUAACCGUUGCGUACAAAUCAGAUGGUUAGUGGUCUCUGCAUCCACAAGACUCGUAGUGCGCAUGUGCAAAACUGGUCUUGUGAUAUCGCUCUCAGCUACCCCCUUAGCUGCAGGCAUGAUUGACAUGCUGAGGCGUUGCGGGGGCGACAAUCUGUACCAUUCUUCAAAAUGAGGGUGUGUCACUACCCAUUUUGUAGGGCCUGUAUCGUCUGAUGUAGACUUCCUGGACCGAGCUGUCCGGAUGUUACUGCCAGUCUGAGUAAGCUUCAGCUUACGCAGACUGACCGUGGUCUGCUACCAUCACAAACAAUGGUCACGAUGUAGAUCUAAUGCUGCAUCCUCAGAUGCAGCAUUCUUGCAAAUGCAUGCAGGAGGCAUCUAUCUCCUACAGACGUCUCCUGCUGCAUUUGCAUUUUAAUUGUACGGAAUUGCACAACUGCUCAGGCCCCUAGUACUCUGGAACCUAUAACAGUUCAUGUUGUCCAGAUCUUCCAGAUCUUUGCUGGAACCUUGUUAAGUAUAGAAAAUGGUGAGAGUCCCAAAGGAGCAGCCUCUACAGAAGUUCUGUUAUCUGAAAGGAAUGGGAUCAAGUCUCAUUGAUAUUUGAAGUAGAAAACAAUUUAAACCUAGGUUAUUUUAUUUAAAAAACAAGGCAGAAAGAAUGAGAACAAAAAAGCACUUAAUUAGUGGAAAUAUGUAGGGAGCAUGGUAGAUUGAGUCAGCCUUUUGCCUCUGAGGGAAAAGAAUAUGUUCACCUGACUUUGUCACUGACCACUCCAGUACUUGCCCUGCUAUUAUUCACUAAUAUUUAGGAAAAUGUAAUAGCAAACUUCAAUGGUAUUAUGUGAAGGGUACAAAACAUGUACCACGCAGAAUCACAAACUUUAAAAAGCUUUAAAGAAAUAUUGUAAUAUUACAGAAAAUAAAAUUGAAAAAGACUUAGGGGUCUAUUUACUAAGCUUUGGAUGGAGAUAAAGUACCAGCCAACCAGUUCCUAACUGUCAUUUUUCAGCCUGCGACCUGGCAGUUAAGAGCUGAUUGGUUGGUACUUUAUCUCCUUCCACUUUAUCUCUUUCCAAGGCUUAGUACACAGGUUCUCAAACUCGGUCCUCAGGACCCCACACAGUUCAUGUUUUGCAGGUCACCUGUAGAUUUUUAAAAUGUGACAGUUGGUGAUACACAGUGCAGCUGCUGGGUGACAUGGAAAACGUGAACCGAGGACCGAGUUUGAGAACCUCUGGCUUGUUAAAAGGGAAUCAGUACAAAAUCCCGCUGGACGGGAUCCCGGCGGUCGGAAUACUGACACCGGAAUCCCGACCAGCACAAUCCCAACAGGGGUGGCGAGCGGCACUAAUUUAUUCUCCCUCUAUGGGUGUUGUGGACACCCACGGAGGGAGAAUAUGUCGGGAUUGUGCCGGUCGGGAUUCCGGUGUCGGUAUUACGACCGCCGGGAUUCCGGCCGGCGGGAUCUUGACCGCAUCCCGUAAAAAGACCCCUUAGAGGUCUGUUUACUUAGUUUUGGAGAAAGAUUAAAUACCAAUCAAUUAUCUCUGAACUGCCAUUUUUCAAAAACGGCCUUUAACAUGGCAGUUAGGAGCUGGUAGGUUAGUUCUUUAUCUCUCACCACUUUAUCGCUCUCCGAGGCUUUGUAAAUAGACCCCUUAAAUCAGUGGUCGCCAACCCUGGUCCUCGAGAGCUACCAACAGUUCACGUUUUCCAGCUCACCUGGUAGAUGCACAUGUGCAGUUAUUACUAACUGUCACAUUUUAAAAGAGGAGACCUGGAAAACGUGCACUGUUGUUAGCUCUUGAGGACCACGGUUGGCUACCCCUGCCUUCAACAUUUUCCUCAGUGUUCAUUUUUCAUUACUUUCCCAACAACUUUUUCCAGUAUGACAUAAGUACUAUAAAUCUACCAUAAGAAAUAGCAAAAAAUAGUCUGAGGUAAAAUUCAUGUUCAUUGAAGUGGAAUCAUUAUUUAUACAUAAGAGGCAGCCAUUUUUUUCUGAGAAUGUGGCCCAUGAAUUCACUACAAAUGAUAAGGGUCACUGAGAAAUAUCGAGGUUCUAGUAAAAGUAUUAGAUUGUUUAUUAAUCCAGUCCAGAAAAUUACACCCUACACUAUUUGUGGGUCAUCCCAGAGAAUGAAGAAGCGUCUGAUUCUGUAUAUCCUGUGAUAACAGGGUGUACCAGUGUUUGGAGGUGAAUGCCAUUGGACAGAUUUUGCACACACAUUCACUCUUCAGCCCCUCAGGUGCCAGGAUGUUUUUUUAGCGCAACCGCUAUUGAUUGAUUGAUUGAUUGAUUGAUUGAUUGGUUUUCUGUUUUAUAUUCAUGAUGUUAUAAAAAGUUGUUUUUGACAUGUUUGCACUGUAUGAAGUGGAUUUAUCCUCUCAAAAUAAGGUUUUUACAGAUAGUUAUAAUAAAAAUGCAUUUUUAAUUGUUUAGAAUUGAAUAUAUUUAGAAAAUUAAACCAACAUUAAUGAGAAUGCAGCCUAUCGAUUCACCUGGAACCAUUUAGGACUAGCAAAUGAAUAGAUUGAUCAGGAUGCAUUUAGCUAGUGGGAUGCCAGCGGUCAUGUGACCGACACCACUCGGGAGACCGGCGCUGGAAGAUCGACAGCCGCCAUCCCGAAGAUAAGUAUAGGGGGGGACUUUUAGGGCUAGGGCCGGGGGUUAGGAGGGGUUAGCCCUAACCGCCACCUCCCAAGGGUUAGCCCUAGUCGCCACCCCCGAAGGGUUGGGGUAUGGGCAGUGGUGCCAAGGGAUAAGGGAGGGUGGAUACAAAUUACCCGGGCUGCUGGGGGGAGCUCGGGUCUGAUAUCCAAAACCCCCAGCAAUAUCUUGUGCCAGAGUCUUUGCUCUCUAGUGGCCAGGGUCAUUUUCCCAAAUAUUACUGGUAAAAUGGAGCUGGCCGUAGAGGAGGGACCCACUUCCUGAUAAAGGAAGCGCCCGGCCGCACAAUUAUAUUCGUAUAUUGAUAUUUUAAUAGUAAAGGGUGUUGCCUCACCCCUUUUAAGCCAUGCCUCCCUUUACCUGUUGUUCUGCGUGGCUCUCUAUUGCCCUGGAUGGGGGGAGGGUGAUGUAAAAAUACUUCCCCCCCCCCCCCCAACAUGGGGCUCUUCAAGGUUGGGAUGCCGGUGUCGGUCUUGUGACCACUGGCAUCCAACAACUGGAUAUCAUACUGAAGUCGGCCUGAUUAUUAGGCAGUGCCCACAAAUGGCUGCCUAUACUGUUUGUAGGCAACAUGUACAUUUUAACACUGCAAUGUAUUUUAUUUUUUGUUCUGAUUCUCAUCCAAUAAAGCAGAACUGGACAACCUUCGGCUCUCCAGCUGUUGUUAAACUACAAGUCCCAGCAUGUCCUGCCAUAGGUUUGCUAUUAGGGAAUGUUAAAACUGUGGCAGGGCUUGCUGGGAUGUGUAGUUUCACAAAAGCUGGAGAAUCACAGGUUGGCCAGGCCUGCUCUAAAGCAUGUUGCUUUCUGUGGAGAAGUUUCAGAAAAUAAUCCUCUUCGACAGUAGCAGCAAUGCAAACUAUACAAUCACACUAAACCCAAUUUCAGGAGGGAGCAUCAUAGACAUAUAAGAAGUAUUUUAAAAAGUGAUGUAUUGUUUUUUAGCCCCAAAAUUAGUUGUGGUGUUCACAGAGGAAGCAAGAAAUGUUGGGGGAUAUCAUAUUAGCAGCUGUACUUUGCUGCUACUAAUACGAUCGCUGAGGGCUAUGCUAUUAGCCCCAGUGCCGGAGUCCUUUCCCUUCCUCAAUGCCAGUACUUAUCAGGGAUUAGGCAUGCAAAGUAUAAUACCUGAUAUGCAGCCGCGAAAAAAACACAUGGGAUAGGCACUUAUCCCCGAUCCCAUUUGUUAUCAUGCAAUUGCGGGUCCAGGUUCAGCCUCUAAUUGGAUACCGCGAUAAUGCCAUCGCUCAUUAAUCGUGAUAUUCAGCUGUUUUUUUUUAACGGUCGAAAUUGUAUCAGGGCUAAUAGGGUACCGCCCUUUGUGGUUAAACCAACGCUCAUUACAACAUUACCUAAGGGAAAUUUUUCCAGAGGAGGUCAGUGGUUUCCAAUGAACUGAUCGGCUGCAAUUGCGUGAUUUAUUUGUUCAUCCCACAGAUUUGUUGUCUGUUCUGUGUUCAGGCAAUGGGUGCACCUUAAUGUUCUCCAGAGAUGAAGGAUUUUGGGAAAAGACAAUGCAAAUGAAUCCACAUGUGUGUACUGCAUUUUCUAAUGUCCUGAAACUACAAAGCAAAUCUCUCACAACUUGGGAGUGAAGUAUAAAUUGUAUUUAUUAAACCUGUAAAAAGUGGAUGGUUUUAUAUAUAAAUAUAUAUAUAAUACACUAUGACUAAAAGCCUUGUAAUGGCAGCUAUUUUGGUAAGAGACAAAUAAACUUUACCAGAUUUUUUAUUAUGAACUGCUAUGCAAUAAUUAAUUCUUCAUUGAUUUUUUUUGUAUCUGUAUUUCUAUUUUAUCUGUUUCUUAAUUAAAAGAAUGAAGUGUCCAAAA